UGGAGGAACGGUCUGCUCGAAGUACGCAGCUUGCAGCUGGAGGAGAGCUGCAGAGAGGGGAGACGGCCGAGCGGCGGGGAGGGAGAUUAAUGCCCAGGUAAAACAAAAAAAAGGGAGGAAAAAUUGGCCGACCACAGUUGGAUGCGCGGGUUACAAAUCAAAGUGCGGGGAACCUGUAGAUCAGACUAUUGUUUCGUCAGGUGAGGACACAUCUGCAGUGGAGGGAGAGCCGGGGAAGAUGCGCUGCGUCCGUGGCGCCACCGGUGCGCCGUCCGGGGACAGGGUGAGCGGCCGCCGCGCGCCGGCACCCCGCAUUUAGAUGGCUCCAACAUUUGGGGUGCAAAACAGGUGUCAGGGAAGUGUCGUCACGAACCCCGGAAGCCGGAGGAGGUGGGAACAUCAGAGGGAAAGAUGGCAGCGAAAUCCGAUGGUCGCGGGGUCGUCACCGGUUUCGCCCAGCUGCACAACCUGGACGACGUGGUGGGGACGGGAGAGGACGACACGGAGAACAGCAGCUCAUUCCACAUCUGCCACUGCUGCAACACCUCGUCGUGCUACUGGGGCUGCCGGAGCGCCUGUCUGCAUUACCUCCGGGGGAAGGGGAAGGGGAAGGGGAAGGGGGGAGAUGCGGCGCGGCCGACGCAGGAGGAGCGCCUCUGGCUGGACUGCCUGUGGAUCGUCCUGGCGCUGCUGGUCUUCUUCUGGGACGUGGGGACUGAUCUGUGGCUGGCCAUCGACUAUUACCACAAGCAGGACUUCCUGUGGUCGGGCCUGACCCUGUUCCUGGUGCUGGUGCCCUCGGUCCUGGUCCAGAUCCUGAGCUUCAGGUGGUUCGUGCAGGAUUACACCGGGGGCGGGCUGGGCUCCGUGGAGGGGCUGAGCAGUCGCAGGGCCACGGCGUGUCUGCAGAGGGACAGGUGCUGUCGCCUGUCUGUCUGGGUCUGGCAGACCGUCCUACACAUCUUCCAGAUGGGACAAGUGUGGAGGUACAUACGCACCAUGUACCUCGGCAUCCAAAGUCACCGGCAGAAGGAGAACCAGCGGCGCUUUUACUGGGCUAUGAUGUACGAGUAUGCCGAUGUCAACACGCUGCGACUGCUGGAGACCUUCUUAGAAAGUGCCCCUCAGCUGGUGCUGCAGCUCUGCAUCAUGAUCCAGAGCAACAAGGCUGAGUGGCUGCAGUGUUUUUCUGCCAUGUCCUCUCUCCUGUCCCUGGCCUGGGUGCUAGCCUCUUACCACAAACUCCUGCGAGAUUCACGUGACGACAAGAAGAGCAUGAGUUAUCGUGGCGCCCUGGUGCAUCUCUUCUGGCGUCUUUUCACCAUCUCCUCACGGGUGCUCUCCUUUGCCCUGUUUGCCUCUGUUUUCCACAUCUACUUUGGCAUUUUUGUGGUGCUCCAUUGGUGUGCCAUGGCUUUCUGGGUCAUCCAUGGCGGAACCGACUUCUGCAUGUCCAAGUGGGAGGAGGUACUGUUUAACAUGGUGGUGGGCGUGGUCUAUAUCUUCUGUUGGUUCAAUGUACGUGAGGGCCGGACGCGGUACAGAAUGGUGGCCUAUUACACAGUCGUAAUGUUAGAGAAUGCCAUCCUCAGCUCCCUCUGGUAUGCUUACCGUGACCCAGCCACCACCGACGCCUAUGCCUCUUUUGCCCUAUGUGGCGUCUUCCUGUGCUUUGCCUCAGGUGUGGCCUGCAUGGUUCUGUAUUACGGGGUCCUACACCCCAUGGGCCCCCGACUGAGGGUGCUGGCCAGCUCAUGCUGUGCUGAGCUGCUGUGGGGCCUUCCAUUACCCCCUGAGGCUGAGCCCAUGGCACCCACACCAGGCCCCCGUGGCUCUCAGGCCACCCCCACACGGGGUCUGGCAGGGGAAUAUGUGGAGUCAGAUGAAACAGCCACGGACACCUGCCUUCCGGUUUUCCAGGUGAGGUCCACAGAGCCUGUGGAUGCAGCCGGCAGGCCCAUCUGUCCUGAGGGUCCUCUCAUCAAGAUAGACAUGCCCAGAAAGCGCUACCCAGCCUGGGAUGCACACUUUGUGGAUCGGCGCCUGCGCAGGACCAUAAAUGUGCUGCAGUAUAUUAGCCCUAAUGCGGUGGGCAUCAGGUAUAGGGACGGCCCGCUUCUUUAUGAACUCCUGCAGUACGAAUCUUCCCUCUGAAGGCAACCUCUCCCACAGCUCUGUCACCCUCUCUUACACACAACGAUGCACAUGCGAUUCCUUUCUUUCAUUCUGCUCUUCCUCCUCUUCAGAUACUAUCUCUUCCCAUUGGACACUCGGCUCUCUCCUCCUUCUCUCCUCAGUGAUCAUUCAAUUUUCCGGCAGGAGAUGUGUGUUUUGUCAACCGAAAAUGUGUCAAGACAGUCAAAACACACGGUCAUGAUUUAUUUUUUGGAGAAAAAAAAAAACACAGUACAGAGAGAAAAUUAUGAACCUACAGUAUCUUAUGUGAUAUAUACAGAAGUCUCAUAUAAAUCCCCCUGCAUACAGGAGGGCUCUGUAUGAGUGUGUAGAUAACAUAUGAAUGUUUCAUUAUGAAAUGUGUUUAAUGCAUUAUACUGUAUUGGUAAUUCAACCUGUGAAUACUUGUGAAGGGCACAUUAAAUGUCCCUGUGACAUGGGACUGACGCAAAGCCUGAUGGGAAUGAUGGAGGAGAAUCUCAGAGAGGGCAGGUCUUUGCACAUUCUAACAUUUACUGCCAUUCUUUAUGUACAUCAUUGAAAUGCAUGAUAAUGUUUACCAAGUCCUUAGCCAGUGAACAAAAAAAGCUUCUUCAUGAUACUGUUAAACUCCACAAAGAACACAAUCAAAUAUGUGUCUGAGAGAAGCAAUUCAAAAUGGAUUUCCCCUCUGUGAGCUUACGUGGCUCAAGCGUAUCCCGGCUGUACUAUUUUUGUUCAAAAUCCUUAAUGGUAAUCACAUCAUGUAUGGAAGAAAACAGAAGCACACUGACCUUCAAUCAGUUCCACCCGCUAUCAAUAUUUACAGCACAGACUGCCCUCCAGUGGAGGAAGGCUGAAACAGCACAAAAUAUUAACAUAACCACCUGAGGUAAAAAACAAUAAAGACACACAGAGCAAGGAAUGUAGAAUGAAGUAGAAAAGAGCACAACGUUUUCUAAAUUGGUGGGUAGAAAUCAUAGUCAAAACAUUCCAAAGACUUUUUUAAAGAUUGUGGCUGUUUAGUAAUGGAUAGAAGGGUACAAAUGUAUGUAAACGCGCACAUUUUUUAAAGUGCAAAGACAGCCUGCUAGUAAUCCUCCACCAUUCCCUUCUGCAUCCUAGAAAGAACUCUUUCUUUUUCCCAACCUCCCUAUUUUGAUUUCUUAUCAACAAAUGCUUUAGGUUGAUAAAUAUACUGUAUGCUUAUUGGGUGCAAAGACUUGUACUAAGUUAUUGAGAAAAAAACAUGACAAAUCUAAGAUAUUUCUAUGCUAUUAUACUUCAGUGCGUAUUUGUGUCCACAUUUAUAGUCAUUGACAUAACUAUAUUUUGCCAGAGAACACACUUUUUUACAUAACAACAAAACAUGUUGCAGUGCUAAAAGAUAUAGUCCUCAACGUCAGUGUGCCCUAAAAGAAGUUACACUCUCCUAUGGGUGUACACUGUACAGGGCGACUGUUCUGGCGCCUGCCAGUGCAGAUGAAACAAAGCCAAAUCGCAUCUUAAAGUGCUGUCUUUCCAAUUUAUCUGCCCCGUUCCACCAGCAGAAUGACUCCAUGCCAUCUAUAGUCUGCUGUGCAGCAGUUACACACUGAUGUACGUCUCCCAGCUGAACCUGCGGGAGCUCUCCAACCAAUGAGACGACCAAUGUAUUCAGUAAAAAAGUAAAAAAGGCGCCUUCCAAGUCAAAGGAAGCUUGACUAGCAUUUCCAGAGGGGGCAAAUAAACAAUUCAUGAGGAAAAAUGAAUGCAUUUCACACUCUAAUGUUAUCGAUUUACUUGAUAGUUCAUCUGAAUAUAUAAUACUUGUUUGUUUUUUUUUGUUUUUGUUUUUUACAUUGUACUGUUUGGCAUGACUUAAGUAUUUGGCAUUAUUACAAAUGCACCCAACAAGGGAGGCCCAAGAGCCCAACACAAAAACAGAGAUUCCUUUUUCCUGGCUCACUGGCUUCCUGCUUUGCUGUGGCCACAUGCCUGCUAACAUCGUACUGUAAAAAAGCAGAUGCCAUGUAAGUCCAGGCUCAAGGCGAGAGGGGGGUUUUGCCAGGGUUGGAAAAGAACAUGAGGGCAGAUCGUGAUAAAGGGCCUGACUGGAGUUUGGUGUAUGAUUCCUUGUGCGGUUGUGUGAGUGUUUACCACGUGUAUCGUACAGCCUGCAGUCUGUAUCGUUAAGAUAAUCUGAGUAUGCUUGCAUGAUGGUGAGUGUGAGCGUAGGCUUGUCUGUGAGUCUGUUCAGCCCUUUUCCCACGCUUCUGUUCUCUCGCCGGUUGUUCAACUCCAUCCUUGGUUGCUGCUCCGCCCUCUUCCCCAUCUCUGCGGUGCUGGGCCUUGGUGCGCUCCCGUGAAACACUCUCACACUCUCUGGCAACUGAACAACGGGGUUGAGGCUGAACAACUGGAGAUCCUGACAUGAGAACAUGCAAUGAGGUACACUGCCAUAACCAAGAGCUUCAACAUCCAGGGUCUGCCACCCUUUAGCUUAAAAAGCGAUGUUCAGCCCUGAGUAAUUGAGAACUGUUGGGUCAGCUAGGGUGGAGCAAACAUCCAACACACCAUAUGUAUAGAUAUACAUGUGUAUGCAAACAACCAACUUGUUCAUUGUUUACCAUAGUAGCCAGAGUAGUUCCUCUCUGUUGUAGUGAAUGAACAGCCAUGUUGAUAGUUAGUCGAUAAAUGAAUAUUGAAUUUGUUUAAAGUAUUGUUAAACAAAAAAAAAAAAAAAGAACUAAGCAAAACAGCCAAUACAGGGG